UUCUCCACGUCUCUUACUCUCCCUGUAAAAAAACAAUCGUGCGCCAUAGUCUCUCCUCCUCCCCACGGUCUCCUCCUCACGUUCUCUCCUCCCCAUGGUCUCCUCCUCCCCAGAGAAAGGAAAUCAAUCAUAUCUCACAAAUUGGAGCAAGGAAAUUAGGAAAUUGAUCUGGUGCGCUCACGCCAUGGAAUCUCUCCUCCUCCUCCCAUGGAAAAAACAAACAAAUCUCUCUCAAAUUGGAGCAACCAAGAUGGGGAAUAGAUCAGUCCUAGGAUUCAAUCCUAGGUUUGCUGACGUACGCUCUUUGGGCACUUCGUGGAGAUCGCGACGGGGCAGAACCAAGCCCAUGCCCUCAAAAUCCCUCAAAAAAGUCUAUCUUCUCCACGUCUCUUACUCUCCCUGUAAAAAAACAAUCGUGCUCCAUAGUCUCUCCUCCUCCCCACGUUCUCUCCUCCCCAUGGUCUCCUCCUCCCCAGAGAAAGGAAAUCAAUCAUAUCUCUCCAAUUGGAGCAAGGAAAUUAGGAAAUUGAUCUGGUGCGCCCACGCCAUGGAAUCUCUCCUCCUCCUCCCAUGGAAAAAACAAACAAAUCUCUCUCAAAUUGGAGCAACCAAGUUGGGGAAUAGAUCAGGUUUGCUGACGUACGCUCUUUGGGCACUUCGUGGAGAUCGCGACGGGGCAGAACCAAGCCCAUGCCGCCAUCUUAUAAAUUAACUGCAGCCUGAAACAAACUAUCUACACAUAAAGGAGGCUCCUGUCGGUCGUGAACAUCGUCGCUGGUGAACCUUCUCCUGUUUGAACCCAGCCCAUGCCGCCAUCUUAUAAAUUAAUUGCAGCCUGAAACAAACUAUCUACACAUAAGGAGGCUCCUGUCGGUCGUGAACAUCGUCGCUGGUGAACCUUCUCCUGUUUGGUCAACUCCUUUUUUGUUUACCUUCAAAACAAUGGCAUACGAUAUGCUCCAUGAGAUUAGCAAUCAGAAGGAUUCCUGGAAAGUCAAGGUCAGAAUAAUUAGGCUAUGGGAUGCCAUUAAUCUCAACAACAAUGAACUUAUUAGCCUUGACAUGAUACUACUUGAUGAAGAGGGUACUAUGAUACAUGGCAAGGUAAUGAAGCAUAUGGUUAACAAGUUCAGACCAUUGAUCCAAGAAGGUUUAGUCUACAUGAUAGCAAAUUUUAAGGUUAUGUGUGCAAUGAAUUUCCGUCCAGUUGAAAGCGAAAAGUUUCUAAAUUUCUUGCACACGACAAAAAUUCAAGAGAUAAAAGGUAAAAAAAAUAUCAAAAUAGCAGAACAAAGCUUCACGUUUUGUACCGUUGAAGUUCUUUGCACAAGAGACGGCCAAAAGAUUUACUUAUCUGAUGUCAUUGGCAUAGCAAGUUACAUAGGACAUAUUGAAGAAACACAGACAACCCACGGGAUUUCAAAGAUUCGAGAUAUUGUGCUUCGAAUUGAGGAUCAAAAAAUUAAUAUUAGACUAUGGGGUAAUAAGGUUAGUCAAAUUGAUGAAGAUUCUUUGGGGCGUGUGGUCAUAGUAACAUCAACUACUGUUAGAAAACUGAAAGAGUACUCGCUGUCAUCUACAGGUGCGACCAGAGUUUAUAUCGAUUUGGAUAUCCCUGAAACAAAUGAGCUUCAAACGAGGUAUUGCUUGCAAGAUGAUAUGGUAGAAGAAAUAGAGCCGGAAGCCCACUUGCAAGGCACUAUUCAAGAACUAAUGCUCUAUAACAGAAGAACCCUAAAAGAAAUAACUGAACUUAUAUAUGAAUCUGAAAAACAGGAAAAGUUCUAUACUGCAGAAGCAAUGAUUAAGUCAAUUAAUACAUCAGAUGAGUGGUACUACAUAGGAUGCCGCAAAUGCAACAAAAAAGUACAGAAACAAGGGAACCACUUCUACUGUCCGAAAUGUCAAAAAGAACCUGAGAAGAUAUGUCCAAGGUACAAACUAAAACUAGAGAUAUGUGAUCUGAGUGCAACAACAACUUGCACCAUGUUUGAGGCAGAAGCAAAAAAAUUGAUUAAGCAAUCUGCAAGUUUUUUGAUGAGGGAUGAUUGUGAUAUCCAUGAACAGACAAAACAAAUCCAGAAAAUAUGUGGGCAGAGAUUGAUUUUUCAAUUCAGAUUGAAUGACUAUAAUUUGAAGUACGGUUAUCAAGAAUACACUGUUCAUAGAAUCUUUUUCAUAGAUUCUGAAAAAGAUACAUCAGUACAUCAUUCAAAUGUUGAGCAGACGGAGGAUGAUAAACCCAUUCUAACAGACACUAAAAAGACUAGGAGGACUACGAGCACACGUCAUGUUGUACAUUCUGAUGAAGAAUCAGAAAAUCUGGAUAGUCAAGAGAAAGAUGAAUCCAUAUCUGUUGUUGAUAAGAAAUCUAAGAAAAAGGGAAUUCAAAAAGAUAGCCAUGAGCAAGCGGACAAGUUAUCAGUUAUGAAAACUAUAAAGCAAGAACCAGAGGAUGAUGAACCCACUAUUAACCGGACUAAAAGAGGUAGGAGAAGUAGCACAACUCAUGUUGUACACCUUGAUGAAGAACCAACAACUGAAGGUAGUCAGGAAAUAAUGAAAUCAAAAUCUAUGGAAGCAGGCCCCAAGAGGAAACGCGCCGUAACUCGCAAAUGCGCUGCUAUUGAUAGCAAACAAGUAAACAAUCACCAUGAAAAAGAAUCAGAACAGGCAGGUACUCAGGAGCACAAUGAUUCAAGGCCUAGGACAAGGCGUAGUUGUGCCAAUAAAGAAUUGAUGAACAAAGACAUUCAGAAGUGUGGUGUAUCAAGAACUCGAAAGUCAAAUCGUUGAUUAGUGGAAAUCCAAUUAUUUAGCAUGUAAUAGAACAUAUAGGAGCAUCAGAUUUGUACUUUAUAUGAACAUCAUUGUUUAAGAUUGGUUUUAAUAAAUGUAAAUGCGUACCUUCGUGUUAGUAAA